AUGCCGGCCGUCAGGAUGGGUGCUACCCUUGACACGCUUGCCGUCAUCGGCCUCGACCUCCCCGCUCCCGCUCUCGCUAAGCUGCGCGGCGCCUUCCCCACCGUCCACUACUACCCCAAGAUCCACACCGAUCCCGAGGCGACCAUCCCCGCCGAGGUGCGCGGCGACAUUGACAUGGUCUUUAGCCAGUGGAAGGCCCUCCCGGUCGAUUGCCCCCUGGCCGACCUGCCCAAGCUCAAGCACAUCCAGCUGAGCACCGCCGGCGUGGACAUGGCUCUCCGCUCCUCACCUGCGAUCCGUGAACUGGCCCAGCCCAACCCUCCCGACGUGACGCUCAGCACGGCGAGCGGAGCGCACGUCCUCUCCAUUCCAAACUAUGUGGUGGCCAUGACGAUCAACCUGUACCACCAGAUCCAGCAGAUGCUGCGUGUUGCCAGGGAGAAGCAGUACUGGAGCAAGACCGAAGCCGACCUCCGUGGCGAGCCCUACUACGCACGCAGCACGUUUGGCCGUACCGUUGGCCUGCUUGGCUACGGUGCUCUGGGUCGUGAGACUGCGCGCCUGCUCAAGGCGCACGGCAUGCGUGUGAUUGCCGCCAACACCACCGGCCAGUCCACAAGCGAGACAGAGUACGUGAUUCCUGGCACUGGUGACCCCGAUGGCUCGAUCCCCGAAAAGUUCUUCUCGACAAAGGACCCAGCAUCGUUCGAGGCCUUCCUGCGCGAGACGGACGUGCUCGUGUCCAGCCUUCCGAGCACACAAUACACAAAGUGGAUGCUGGACGCCGAGAAGCUUGCUCUCCUUAAGCCUGACGCGCUGUUUAUCAACGUCGGCCGCGGUGACCUGAUCAAGAGUGACGAGAUCCUCAAGGCCCUCGAUGCCGGCAGUCUCUACGGCGUCGCCCUGGAUGUGACCGAGCCCGAGCCCCUCACCGACGGCCACCCCCUGUGGACCCACCCCCGCGUCAUUGUCACUCCGCACCUGUCGGGCAACGUCGAGGGAGAGCUGUCAAUCGGUACCGACAUUGCCGUGGAGAACGCAGAGCGUCUCAGGAAGGGACUGAAGCCGUUCAACGUCGUCGACAUUCAGAAGGGAUACUAG